AUGGUGCCCCCGAUUUACACGGAGUCGGUCAUUAUACACAGAGGAAACUUUCCGCCUAUCAGCAAACCUUAUUUUGCCACGUCUAAGCGUUCCUGCGAUGGAUGCAAAGAAGGAAUGGUCUGUAUUUCGAGAGAUCCAUAUAAAGGGAUUUUACUAGAGAAAUGCGGAAAGAUAUGCAAAGAUAAAUCGGAGAACAAUUGUAAAACUAUGGGUCAAUCUAUCGGGGAAAAAAGCUAUGCUACUAAAAGCUUAGAAACAGGCCGCAUCUUGUCGUUAGAAGGUAAACCGAAGAAGGGGAACGAAGAGAAGGAGAAAAAGAAGAAAGAGAUGACGAAGAAAGAAAAAAUGGAGAAGAAGGAGGAAAAGGGUGAGCAAAGGAAGAAGGAAAGGAAUGAGAAAAACAAGAAGGAGGAAAAAAAAGAGAAAGAUAGGGUAGAAAAAAAGAAGGAGGAAAAGAAGGAGCCAAAGAAGGAACAAGAGUAUGAGAAAAAGAAGGAGCAAAAGAAGGUAGAACAAAAGAAGGAAGAAAAGAAAGAGGACAAGGAGGAAAAGAAUGAGAAAAACAAGAAGGAGGAGGAAAAGAAGGAGGGAAAGAAAGAGAAAAAUAGGGUGAAAGAAAAGAAGGAGCAAAAGAAAGUGGAAAAAAAGGAGGAAAAAAAGAAAGAAAAGAAGGAAGAAAAAAAGGAAGAAAAAAAGGAAGAAAAAAAGGAAGAAAAAAAAGAAGAAAAAAAGGAAGAAAAAAAGGAAGAAAAAAAGGAAGAAAAAAAGGAAGAAAAGAAGGAGGAAAAGAAGGAGAAAAAGAAUGAGAAAAACAAGAAGGAGGAGAAGGAGGAGGAAAAGAAAGAGAAAAAUAGGGUGGAAGAAAAGAAGGAGCAAAAGAAGGAAGAAAAGGAGCAAAAGAAGGAGGAAAAAAAGAAAAAUAAGAAUGAAGAAAAUAAGGAGGAAAAGAGUGAGGAAAGGAAUGAGGAAGAGAAGAAAAAGGAGGAAAAGAAGCAAAAAAAGAAGGAGGAAAAGAAUGAAAAAAAGAUAGUAGAAAUGAAUGAGACAAAGAAGGUGGAAAAAAAGAAGGGGCGAAAAAUUGACAAUAAGAAUGAGAAAAAGAAGGAUAAAAAGAAGAAAGAGAAAAAGAAGAGAAAACAUAAAUCAUGCGGAAAUAAUAUUACAUGUAUCUUCGCCUCUGGAACAACAAAAAUCGAAAUAGUAAUAAAUUCCUGGAUCGUUAAAAGAAAGAAAGAAAGAAAGAAAGAAAGAAAGAAAGAAAGAAAGAAAGAAAGAAAGAAAGAAAGAAAGAAAGAAAGAAAGAAAGAAAGAAAGAAAGAAAGAAAGAAAGAAAGAAAGAAAGAAAGAAAGAAAGAAAGAAAGAAAGAAAGAAAGAAAGAAAGAAAGAAAGAAAGAAAGAAAGAAAGAAAGAAAGAAAGAAAGAAAGAAAGAAAGAAAGAAAGAAAGGAAAAAGAAAAAAAUUCUAAUGACCUUAUAGUCUACAUAAAAAUUAAGACAACCAUAAAAAUUACUUGGAUCCUUAUAGGUUUUAAUUAUUUCCUUCCUUUUGGUUGUGGAUACGAAAUGAAAGCAUUGAGUAAAAAUCCCGGUGAUCAUAUAGCUAGCUAG